AUGAACUCGCUGAACAUCCUGUCCUCGCGAGUCAUUGGCCAGUCUUCCAGCUCUUCACGCCGUCGAUCGCAGUCCCAAGAAGAUAAUAAGCGUACACCUCUGCCGGCAGACUUCUCGAAACUUCGGUCUUAUAGCGAGAAUAACUUUCGGUCACUCGGGUCCGAGAAGAGCUACGAUGGUGGAUCAUCAGUUGCGGACGAAGGUGGAGAGGAGGAUGCGGCAUAUGGCUUAGACGAGAAGACACCGCUAUUGCGUGAAGGUCACGAAAGUGGCACGCUUACUGCUCGAAGUACUUGGCGACUGAUUACCCACCGGUUCCUCGAUGCUGUCACGGAAACCAUCAAAUUCAUUCUCUCUACGCUCGCUGCACCGGGCGUGUACUUGGCGCGCUUUUUCCAAGCCGACGACGGUCGUUAUUCGCUUUUUGCGCCUGUCAGAAGAUUCCGCGAGUCUUCUGCCGACGUCAAGAUCCGGUCGGAGAAAUCAGGCAUCCGCGUAGAUGGUCGGCAUCGCAGUGGCUCUACUCGGAAGGUCCGACCCUCAAUAUCCAACGAAUCCAUUGUAUCAACAACCUCAGAGUCGGAAACAGAUCGACGGAACAGCAAGAAUCACAGCACCAAGAAUCGGCCAAGCAGGACAAGGAAUCACGACCCAGAUCCGAUCCCAGAAACCGAGGAACACGAACAUACGCCUCGUCGAUCUAUACGAAUCAAGCUUCACAAUGAGGAGGCUCUCAAACGUCAGAGGCAGCGAAGGUCCCAGAGUGCAGACUUGGGGCCACCAAUGCCUGAGGGUGUCUCUCGAGUCCAUGGUGCUGUCCACCUGGAUAGCUUGAAGUCCCCUACAUCUCCCAAUGUCCACCGCAUCACAAAGUACCCACACUCUCCAACUCCACCACGCCCACUCCUUCCUCCACGAGUGCCUUCAUAUACCGCGGCUCCCCGCAAUGCCAGACCCCCGCAAAAGACCCUGGUGCUGGAUCUCGAUGAAACCCUGAUCCAUUCGCUCGCCAAGGGUGGCCGAAUGUCCAGUGGCCACAUGGUUGAAGUCAAGCUUUCCAUCCCCACGACAACUUCAGUGUCUCCUGGCGGACCGCAGGCGACCCUGGGACCCCAGCACCCCAUUCUGUAUUAUGUCCAUAAACGACCACAUUGCGAUGAGUUCUUGCGCAAAGUCAGCAAGUGGUACAAACUGGUCAUUUUCACAGCCAGUGUUCAGGAGUAUGCUGAUCCUGUUAUCGACUGGCUCGAGCAGGAACGGAAAUAUUUCCAACAGCGGAUCUACCGGCAGGGUUGCACGUUCCGCAACGGCGCGUAUAUCAAAGAUCUCAGUAGCGUGGAGCCAGACCUGAGCAAGGUCAUGAUUUUGGACAAUAGCCCGAUGAGCUAUAUCUUCCAUGAAGACAACGCGAUUCCCAUCGAAGGUUGGAUCAAUGACCCAACAGACAAUGGAUUGCUCCACUUGAUUCCUAUGUUCGAGGCCUUACAGUAUGUCACCGAUGUCCGGGCUUUCCUAGCGCUUCGCCGCGGUGAAAUCGAGUCAUGA